AUGGAUGAGUUGCACAAAGGAGGGAACUCAAUCUACGCCGACCGAUACGAUUCAACCGGUGUUCUGAGCCAAAACUAUCCAGUUCGUGCCCAGUGGUGCAAAAAGCCUGGCAGUCAGUCUACCCUAUUUCAUCGGUGGCUGCUUCAUGUGACAGGAUCGCCCGACGAGCACGGCUUUGAGUACGUCGAGCACCUUAAUGGCAUCGCCCUAGACUGUCGCGAGAGCAAUCUGAUGACGUCGACCACCUUGCACGGCAAUAAUCUUCAUAUGAACAGGUCGAAGCAUGCUUUUUGGGUCGAGGGCGUGAAGGGCGCAGCAUGCAAAGCCGAGGUCAAUCGAUCGCAGGAGUCAUACUGGAACAUCGUACGUCGUCUGCCGCCACUGCCUGAUUUUGUGUUUGCGUUCAAGUGUGCCAAACGGCCGCGAGAUUCAUCACGAAAAGUAGAAACGUUGCAACCUGCUGGGUGCGCUACGAACGAGCAGUGAUAGAUAGAUGGGCAGCAGAGUUGACGAGUGUCGGUGUAAUGUUGACAACCCACGGCAGGUGAAACCACAUGCCCUCGCUGGUAGAAUUGAAGUUUCAUGGAUGGGAUUUUGGUGCAAAUAUUCUUGCAUGAAAAAGUGAUACCCGGACUGGGGCUGCUCGUCGUUGUUUAGAAACCUAGAAAAACACUCUUCGAUUCGCUGCCAUGCAGUUGCUACUUGGAACGGUCCCUGACUUCCGGAACGUUCCACGGGAUGGCCAAGGUUCCAGAAAAAACACAGCCUUGUCGCGCACUACCACCGCUAAGCAAGGCCAAGGCCCUUUGUACCAUCUAUCAUCUACGCUUGCGCUACGGCGGUAGCCUACUACACUACGCGACGAAAAAUAUGCCUGGACUCAAGGUUCUCGAGCGAAUCCAAGUGGUGCGCAUGCUUUACAUGUUGUUGUUGUUGUUGUCUUCACAUUAAACCGUAUGUCAGUUGCUAAAUGCCAAAAUCUAGCAAAAGACUCUCAGCCCGUGGUCACGGAAGUGCUAGAGCCAUCUGAGAAUCUAAAGAACACGCACACAUAUAACGAGAAAAAGGUACCCAAGAGCCCGAAGAGGUACACCUAAAAGUCCCUGCAGCACCGUAUGCGUGCUCAAAAACUGAACUGCACGUCCGUCCCACCGUUCACAGUAGCAUCACCCCCUCUCCCUGUCCCACUCUAUACCAAAACGGAAGAUUGCCGACUACAGCAU